UCGCCUUGCAUGAAUUUUGGGAACGGUGCGAAGUGAAAUCGUCUCUACCCCACCCCAGCUCAGGCACAGACACCGGUUCCCAAGCCAACGCUGAAGCUGCACAUUGUGCUGGGAAAUCACAUGUGAGGGGGUGGGUUCGUACAUUUCGCUCGCUGUCUGUCUGUGUCAGUGUGUGUGCAAUCGGGACAUGUGUUAGCACCAGCUUCCCAGCGAUGUGAGCUAUUCCUCAAGAUCAAGACCUUUAAGACCAGGAGGUAACACCCAAUAUCUACUCCCUAUGAAGAAAUCGGCUUCCUUGUGCAAACUUCAGGCACUCUGCUGCUUGUGUCUUCUGUUAUUUCUGCCUGUUACUGCAACAGAAAAAUGGUGCAACAUCUACGAUAACGUCAAAUGGUUAACAGGAGAGCUUCAGAUUGAGAUCAACAAUCUGAAUGAUAAUCUGCUUCCGAGUAUGAUAAAGUACAACACCUUUACAAAUGUGAAAGCUGCUGCAUUGACUGAUCGCUGUUUUAUCAUUGUUACUGCUGAGCAACUCAACAACACUCUCCAGCUCCUGAUGAGCCACUUUAUGACAAAUUCAAGCAAUUACAAUCUGACUCAACGAGUGGUGAAUUACCUGGAAAGAAUUUACAAAGAUUCCUCUGAUGAAAGCUCCCAUCAAUGCUUGAUGCCAGACACGAAGGUUGUUACAGGGUGUAAAAGUGAUCUGUUUGCUUACUUCCAUGCUGUCUUGGAUCACUAUAUAUACAUAUUUGACCAGUGCAAGUCAGUAAAACAAGCCACAGAGCAGUCAGAGGGCUAUCUUUCCUUCCUGAAAGCCUCCAACAUUGCUGUUGCUUCAAAUUGCUGCCUGAUUGACCUGCACAAUGGAUCAAGUUCAAGCUAUUUUUACAGAAACUCUCCCACAAAACCUUUGUAUAAUGCGAGUACGCCAGAACCUUUCUGCUCCUUGAUGUCUCCUGUACAGAGUGUAACUCGUUACAAGCUUAUCCCCAGCAUAGAAGCCACGUCUGCAGUGACCAGUGUAGUCACAGAAGAUGAAAGUGCAAACACUGUUACUAAAAAGGAUACAUUAUUUGGCAGCACAACUGAUGACCCACAUCACAGCAGCGUCAACUUAAUGCAAGCAGAGGCUAAUAAUGGUGGAAGUACUGUGCCUAAUAUGCUGCCUGCGUCAAUCUCUGCUACGUCUCCAUCACAGACUAUCAGGGGAUCCACUGGAAAAGCAGGAACAGUUAAUCCACUUGAGCAGCACCCAAACUCCCAUAUAUUUCAAUAUCUAUUCAUAGGAACUGCAGUUGCACUGGUUCUCGCACUCGCUGCACUCGUUCAUUCACAUUUCAAGAUAAAGAGGCUGAAGCAAGGGUUCUGGAAUGAAGUCUUCCGAGUCCGUAACUCAGCAGCCAGUGAAAGCUUCCUGGUAACGGAAGUCUAAGGGUGAUAAAGGAGUGGGAGAACGCUUUGUGAACUCCAUGGGCACUGGCUUCCAUGAAGCAACAAAUGGCUUUUCUUCACGUAUUAAUGCAGCUGGAAAUCCCCUCAAAUUCCCCUGAAAUGUUCAGUGAAGCCUGAACUGUGUGUUAUCAUCGUGCUGGAUACUGGCUGCAACAAACUGGGCUGCACCCCGAGCAAUUUGAGCACUCGAAUUAGCAGUGGUGAAAAGACAAACAAUCUAAGGUCCCUGCAGCACACAAAAGAGACUUUACAUUUUAUGUGACGUCACCAACUGGGCAAUACUGGCAGCACAAUGAGCAGUUUUGUGUUUAAAAGCAGAGAAGGAGUAUGAGCUGAAUAAUUCCUCCCAACUUGUCCUAUACCUAGCUGUUUCUGUUGCUUCGAGUUAAUCGAGGGGAGUGUGAGCUGUAACAGUCAUUCAAGACUUUCUGCAAACAGUUGCCUCUUAAUGAGAAAUUAUUUUUAUAUUUACAAAAGAGAAACUGCAUAAAGAGUAGAAUAGUAGCCAAAGCAAGAGUUAGAGUCUUCAAAAGUUACCAAUAUUCAUUGAGCUUAUCGACUGGCAUCACCAAGUCACAUCAUGUUAACAAUUUCUGGUCGCCAUGGCAUCACUGAGUCAACUUGAUGCAAUGUCACUAUUGAUUUAUUAAUCUAUUAACACUUGGUCUUUGUAGAGCUUCUAAUCCAAUGGUGUCAACUCAGAUCACUGGAUUACUAUUGGGCCUUAAAGACAUCAAGCCUACUCUCCUUUAAAGGCUCACCUGAAAUCUGUAAAUUGUACUUUGCCUCAACUGUGCUACAACUUCUUCCAGCUCCAAGAAUUCUGUUGAUAAUGAAGUUGUGUUUAGUUUGUUGGUUCCUGAUAGCACUGACAAUGUUGGAAAGUUGAGAUGAAUACAUUUUUAAAAUAAUUUCCACCAGCGUACGUGAAAAAUGUGAUUUCAGAAUAACUUUGUUUAAGUGAAUUUUAAUGUACCGCUGUACUUCCUUGACUAACGUGUGGGCGUAUGGUGUAGAAUUUUCACCAACUUGAUUGGAAAAUUAAUGUGUAUCUGCACUUCCAUUUUCUCAGCACUUUUUUAAAAAUUGGUGAUUGUUCAUAUUUUGCGCUUUUUCUCUUUCAUUCUUUAAUGGAUGUGAUAGAUUUUGUUCCAUUGCUCAAAUGGUUUUCUUCAGUAUUACCAAUUGCCACUAAUUAUUAAUGCCAAAAUCCUAAUCCCUGCCUUUAUCAAGUCAAAGCUUCCAAAGCUGCCUCUCCCAUCAUAUGUCAACCUCCCCCCAACUCCCUCGAACAGCCACAUGUAUGAGUUCCUUGGCCUCUGUCAUAAGAUGCUACAGGCCAUUCAGCCACUCGAUCCUGUUCCAUUAUGCAGUAGUGGUACUUUCAACUGAUGGCUUUAGCUCCUACUUCUAAUGCCUCUUUUCCCUCUGCUAGCGGGUCUCAGGAGGCACAAACUGCCUCUCCUGCAUAGUUUGGAUUCUUGCUCUCUUUAUUCUACUGUCAUUUCCAUAGCUGCUAAAACAAAAAAAGAACCAGACUGCAUUACUAUCACUAUAGCACUUUUAACUUAGUAAAAUAUCCAUUGGUACUCCACAGAAGAUUUCAUUAAACAAAUUCUGCCAAAUAUUAGAAUAGGUAAUCAAAAGUUUUGUCUUCCGGUAGGUUUUUAAAGAGUGCCUUAAACAGAGAGCCUCGAGAGAAAAUUCCAGAGCUGAAGUCCUGUGUAUCUGAAACAGUAGCUACCAAUGGAGUGAACAAAAUUGCAGUGGUACACAAGACCAGAAUUGAUGGAAUGCGGGUAAUUUCAGAGGGUUACAGGGUUCGAGGAGGCUGUAGAACUAAGGGAGGGUGAGAACAUAAAGUUGGCAGACACUAGCUGUACAGGAUCUGGUGAGGUUGCACCUUAAUCUCUUUCCUUAAAUAUUUAUAUACCUACUCAGAAAUAGUUCAGGGAAUGUUCACUUGACUGAUUCCUAGGAUGGAGAGGCUGUCUUAUGAGGAAAGGUUGAGCAUAUGCUCUUAGAAGUUUGGAUGAAUGAGAGGUGAUGUUAUUGAAACAUGUAAAAUUCUAAAGAUGUUUGACUGGUUUGACAUUGAGAGGAUGUUUCCUCUCAUGGUGAAAUCUAGAAGUAGGGAACACAGAUUAAAUAUUAGGAGUCUCGUGUUUAAGAGGAGGAAUUUUUUUCUCUCAGAUGGUCUUCUCUUUGGAAUUCUCUUCCAGAGUGAGCAGUGGAGGCCAGCUUAUUGAAUAUAUUCAAGGCUGAGUUAACAGAUUGUUGAUUGACAAAUGAGUCAAGCAUUGUAGGGGACCAUGCAGGAAGGUGGCAUUAAGGUUACAGUCAUAUCUGUUAUGAUUCUAUUGAAUAGCAGAGCAUGUUUGAGGGGCCAAAUAGCCUAUUUCUGAUCCUAUUUCUAAUGAUCAAAACAGAAAUGAUCAUGUCUUGGCAAGCAGGGAAGAUGGGGAAAUGGGAUUUGGUGCAAGUUACAAAUGGGCAGACUUGGUGACGGAGAGGAUUUUCCUAAAAACCUGUUGCCUGAUAUCUUUACAGUCCCACGGUAAUGUUUUUAGAAAUCCCAAAAGGAAAUGCUGGUAAAUGGGACAAGAUUAAUUUAGGAUAUCUGAUCGUCAUGGACGAGUUGGAUUGAAGAGUCUGUUUCUGUACUGUACAACAGCAUGACACUUUGACCUCUCUUUAACUUUGUUAUCAACCGCCUUCUCAAGUUCUGUUUUCUCCUUCUCGCUCUUGCUUUCAGUUCUUAUCUUCCUCUACACUGCAUUGCAAUUUGGGAUAUCGCUGUCUGUAUACAGAACUCUAGUAGCCAUUGAAGUCAUUGUGAGCCAUUUUUAGCUACCUGAGCUUCCAAAAAUGAUAAUACUAUCUACUGCAUGUUUGUCACAGUAUUAUUACACAGCAGAAUAAAAAUUUAAUUGGAUAAGAAUUAUUAGCAGCAAUCUGGGAAUUAUAUAGAUUGGGAAAGGAAUUCAUGUGGCAAUGACAGGUUUGUUUUGUGUUGAUGCUGGAACAAGAUAUCGUAAUAGUUUAGAUUAUGUAUUUGACACCAUUAACAUACCAGAAUGUAAGCUGGACUGAUGAUGGGGUGCCUACUCAGGUUUGAUUUAUUCCUUAAGCUUUCUUUAUGUUGCCUCCAACCACCCUGCCCAGUCAAUCAACCGUUUUCUUACCAUUUCCUUUAACUAAAGAGAAUUUUGAAAAGAGAUUCAGAGAUAGUGGGAACUGCCGAUGCUGGAGAAUCUGAGAUAACAAGUUGUAGAGCUGGAUGAAGGCUCCAGACCGGAAUCGUCAGCUUUCCUGCUCCUCUGAUGCUGGUUGGCCUGCUGUGUUCAUCCAGCUCUACACCUUGUUAUCUCAGAAUUUUCAAAAGCUUUUUUUUCAAUUAUUUUUUUCUCCCUGGUUGUCCUGGGGAUUAAUCUUUAAUUCCUAGCAAUGCUGGGAGAUUGGAAACAUGUAGACCUGUCAUGUUCUUCAAACAUCAGGAGUAGGUAAGCUCUUUCAUGUGUGUAACCAAAACCGUACACCCAGUUUAAACAGCCUCUGUGUUUUGCUGCACAAAGUGCAAGAGACAACCUUCUCCACUAGGUUUCAUUGGCUAAAUGACCCUGAAAGAAGACAUGCAAUAUUUAAGCUGGCUCACUGCUUAUACAUCUUGCUGUGAUGGAUUCACAACAUGAAUAAGUUUCCUAAAUGUGGCUUUGCAACAUGUUCAACAUAGCGUUGUGGUGUUUUCAUUUGAAGAAGAGAGCUUCGUGCACUUUUGACGUUAGCUGGUGAUGUAAGAAUGUCAGUGAGAUAUACAGACAUUCUCUUGGUAGGCCAUGGUGGUUUGCAAGCUGAUUUAAGAACAGCCUUCCAGCCAGGGGAUACUGUACAACAACGUUACUGCAAAUGUGACAUAUUGAUGUACUUGACGUUUGACUUCCUCUGAAACCUGACACAUUUUGACAAGUUGAGUGGUCUACCAGCGAAGUGUGACUGUCUUGAUAUUUUUUGAUGUAAUGUGUGGGUUUCACCUUAUGAGGAGACAUGACAUGAGCUGGCCUUGUGUUGAGGGUUGCUUCUGCUUCUGUUUCUAUAUUGUAUUCAAGGCACAGUGCAUAGCAAACUGAAGAUUAAAUGUACCAAUUACCAUGUGA